AUGAUUGCAAUAAUACAAUGUUUUACAAAUAACGACGAUUUAAAUAAAUAUGUCAAGAAAAAUAAGAAUGCGCAUGAUGAACAUGAAAUAAACAGUAUAGAUAUAAAUAAUAAUGAACAUUUUAGAUAUAGAAGUAUUUCAGAAUAUAAUAUAGAAGAUAACUACAGUUUUGGCUCUAUUACGAUUCAAGAAUUUGCACAUAACAAAAAGUCUAAUUGUUUUAAUAUAUUUAAAAGAGAUAAAAAAACUAAAAAAUCGUCAAAUGCCAAUGGAUUUCUUUCUAAGGUAGCAUUGCUGGUGGGAAAUGUUCCGCAUAAUUUUCCUGUACAAAGUCCAGAACAUUAUCAGUUUUUAUUAAAUUUAAAAAACAGAUUAGACAAUCACCCUUCAAAUUUAAAAUUAAAUGAAUAA